AGUGGACCAAGUUACGUUACGUUACGUUACGUUACGUUACGUUACGUUACGUUACGUUAGUCGAUCACGAAACAUCGAUCUGUGAAUUAGGUUUUACGCGUUGAUCGGUUCGAGCGACAGGUGAAAUCUCUGGGGGCGGUAAAGUCUAGAGAAGGUGAAGGGCCAAGAGGAACGUGAAGUGGCUCGAGUUGUACAUCGUAUGAAGGGAACGCAACAGAUCGUUCGAUCGAUCGUAUCGAAGCGAUUAACAGAUCGAUAUCGAAUCGAGUCGUGUCGAUCGUUGGUGGAUCGUUGCGGCUGAUCCUUCUGAAUCUUGCAAAUCUUGAAUCACCGAACUGCCAAAUGAAGGCACGUAAGAGCCGGGAGAAACGUAAGUCCAUGAUUAGUACAGACGGACUGUAGUGACGCUCGAGUUUCCUCUCUGGGUAACGAGAUAAAUCGGGAAAUCGAGAAAUCGUCAAGCCAAUCGAUACUCGAUACGCCGUGGAAAGAGAUCCUACUUGAGACGAAGGGAGCGAGACAACCCCCAGGCCUCGGAACGAUCUCCCUCUUUAUCGCGCGUUCGUCGCGACGUAGCGCACCGCGUCGCAUGUGUCACUGCUAACGGCUGCGAAAAAUGCAACGGCAAGAGGGCGAGCUUGAAGAACUCGGGGGCGUUUUAGGGGGUUCUACUGGCGGUGCACUUGCCCUCGGCGGUCGACACAAGCCGGAGGAGCUCGCUACCCUAGCGGCUAAUACCAGAUUCUCCAGGAAGGAGAUACAGCUGAUUUAUCGCGGAUUCAAACAGGAAUGCCCCACCGGUCUCGUCGACGAGGAGGCUUUCAAGCAGAUUUUCUCCCAGUUCUUCCCGCAAGGAGACGCCAGCCAGUACGCUCACUACGUCUUCAACACCAUGAAGAGAAAACCAUCGGGAAAAAUAAGUUUCGAGGAAUUUCUAACCAUCUUGUCGAAAGUAUCCAGAGGCUCGGUGGAGGAGAAACUCCAGUGGGUGUUUGGGCUGUACGAUUUAGACGGGGAUGGCCUGAUCAGCAAAGAGGAGAUGUUAGAUGUGGUCGGUUCCAUUUACGAGAUGUUGGGCCGUUACACUCAGCCACAAAUAGUUGAGCCGCACUUGGCUGCUCGGGAACACGUCGAUCGUAUUUUUCACUUAAUAGACGCGAACAAAGACGGCGUGGUGACAAUCGAGGAAUUGGUCCAAUGGUGUUCCAAGGACGAGCAACUGUUACGAAGUCUCGACACGCUCGACACCGUCUUAUGAGAUCUUUACGAUUAUUUUAUACUUUUAAUUCGCGUGCUAACAUUUCCAAUCCAACUAUUAGAUAUUCGAAUAAGCUCCGCGUAUAUUUUCCAAAAAGAUUUCGUCAACCUCGAUAGUAUCGAAAUAUUUAAGUAAUCGCUCGUUUCUUAUACAUACUUACAUAUGUAUACGAUACACGACGCAACACGAACGAAUCGAUCCAAGCUCGUCGAACCUUGUUUGUAAAUAUGUAUCUACUUAUCUACCAUACCUACCCAGUCUUUCGAGCGUGCCAUCGAGAGCGCGAUAACAAAUUAACAGUAUUACAUAAUAUCUAUUAUUAUUAAUUUAUCGCGCAGAUUGUUUGUUCUCGUCGCCUCGAGUAAGUACAUACUUGCGCGAUACUCUUUGCGACGAUACUUUGUAAAUAUCAUAAACGAGGAAAUUUUGAUAAAUGCGUUCGAUAACGAGGAGGUAAAUUCUUACCUUCCAUUACCUGUACUCGAUUAUCACGAAAAGUCGAAAACGCCAAAUAGAGAUCACCUGACUCUGUAUUCGAACGCGUUUCAACGCAUUUCUCCAAUUCUAGUUACGGUUACUUGAGCCAACCGAAUCAUCUUCAGCGAAUUCGCUUCUGUUAUAGGUUUCUUCCGAAUCCCUUUCAACUCCAGUUCUUAAAAAAUAUACAAAACUCGAGUCUUGUACCUUCUUUGUAUUUAAGGAUCCACUGCUGUUCAUCGUCCGUGUCGAAACGUUUGCUGAAACAAAUUCCAUAUUGCAUCUGUUAUUCACAAAUAAUACAGAAUACAAGAAUAUUAAAGCAACUUGAUAGAAAGAAAAAUAAAUAAAUCAAUCUUAUCCUUCUGUUUCGAUCUUUCGACGCCAGGCAUGUGCGAAUGAUAUUCGACGAUCGUUUCAAACUUAUCUUUUACGUAUGUGUAUAGAUACUUGAAAUCGAUACUUGUUCGAUACUUAAAAAUUAUACCGUACACGCAUGUCCAAAAAUAUCACAGGAAAACAAUACAAUUGAUUCGAUUCGAUUCGAAUGAGUUGCACAACAUUUCAAGGUGUCUUCGCAUAUGCCUGCAAAAUCGACUACUUAUAGAAUUAACCAUGUCUUCGACUACUCGAUUACGAUGGAAAAACUAUAUUUAGUAACUCGAUAAUCUAAUAGUAUCGUAGUAUCCUCGACCAACUAAGAGAAACGUGGUCCUUUGUGAUCAACGCCUCGUGUGAUUCUCGUACCUUACUAUACUACAAUAUUUAUUGUUACAUACAUAUUAUACUAUCGCGGAAACUUUACUGUUAUCGAUUCAAUCGUUAUUAAUCGCAUUGUCUGACAUCUACAAUCUUGUUAUAAAAUAAUCACACUUAUGUAGAAAAUAUUAGCGUGCAAUCGAGAUAUUAUAAAGCGUUAUUUUACGUGUACAAUAUCAUCGAAUUUAUUAAAUUUCUCAAAUUUACUGUAAAUUCUCGAUUACAUACAAAGUGAAACAUUUAAAACAUAUCACAUCCGAAUAACUCGUUAAAUUUAGUUUUAAACAUAGAGGCAAAUGUUUCGAGUAAAAGUUGUUUAGUUUUACGGAAGACAUACCUAACCAAAACUUUACAACUUUAGUAUACCGAUACAGCCACUAGUCUUUAUGCGAGCAUGCUACGUCCCCAAUGCCGUAUAAUUCAAAUGUGAUAUGUGACAUCGGAAUGUUCCGAUCUAGUUGCAAACGUAAAAACCAUCAUUCGACGAUUUUUCAUUUGAUCGCUCUGGUAAUGUACAACUCCGAUCAAACAUAUUUGGUGUGAAUAAAUAAUGUUUCUUUGAUAUAACUUCCAUCACA